AAGCAGGAGAUAGUGGACGCCCACCUCGCGAUGGAGCCCCCUCAUAAGUUCCGAUGGGGAGACGGGACUGUCUUCGCCCUCACGGAAAAUAAUAAGACUGUCAUUUACGACCUGACAGUCCCGCCGCGCCAGGAGAACGGCGUCUACUACACGGCGACCAACUACUCGUACAGCUACACCUUCAACUUCGAGGAGGAGUUCGAGGUGAAGGAUUACACAGGAUGGAUGCGCGUCAACUGGUGGCACAGCAUCAUCUGGACGUCCAUGUACGUGUUCUUCAUCUUCGCCGGCCAGCGCUACAUGCAGAACCGACACCGCUUCGAGCUCCGCAGCUACUUGGUCGUGUGGAACAUCCUGCUGGCGGUGUUCAGCACGAUGGGCGCCCUCAGGACCGUCCCCGAGAUGUUCCACAUCCUCAAGGAUUACGGCUUCAGCUUCUCGACUUGCAUCUCCGGAAAACC